GCUUUAGUAAGGCUAGGGCUGCCCUUGGCAGUGCCGCUCCCGAAGGUCGCUGUAUUCAGGCGUUCGCCUGCGACAGCCCUGCACGGGUAGAGGACGUGUUGGGGGCCUGAUCAGGACUCGGAGUAGGCACUGUGGGCCCUGGUCGUGCUGGUCGCAGGCGCAGUGUGUGAGAGCGGCGGGAAUCAUGGACGAUGAGGAGGAGACAUACCGGCUGUGGAAGAUCCGCAAGACCAUCAUGCAGCUGUGCCAUGACCGUGGUUACCUGGUGACCCAGGACGAGCUGGACCAGACUCUGGAGGAGUUUAAGGCCCAGUUUGGGGACAAGCCCAGUGAAGGGCGGCCGAGGCGCACGGACCUCACGGUGCUGGUGGCCCACAACGACGACCCUACCGACCAGAUGUUCGUCUUCUUCCCAGAGGAGCCCAAGGUGGGCAUCAAGACCAUCAAGGUGUACUGUCAGCGCAUGCAGGAGGAGAACAUCACACGUGCCCUCAUUGUGGUACAGCAGGGCAUGACGCCCUCUGCCAAGCAGUCCCUGGUUGACAUGGCACCCAAGUACAUCUUGGAGCAGUUUCUGCAGCAGGAGCUGCUUAUCAACAUCACAGAGCACGAGCUGGUCCCGGAGCAUGUGGUCAUGACCAAGGAAGAGGUAACGGAGCUGCUGGCCCGGUAUAAACUCCGAGAGAACCAGCUGCCCAGGAUCCAGGCAGGAGACCCUGUGGCGCGCUACUUUGGAAUAAAGCGCGGACAGGUGGUGAAGAUCAUCCGGCCGAGCGAGACUGCGGGCAGGUACAUCACCUACCGGCUGGUACAGUAGCUGCCUGUGGACAGACAGCUGGUGUUGAGGGCCCAGGCAGUGGUACUCAUCCCACUCUUGUGAGCGCACCGCACCACUUCCCUCUCUGGAGGCAGCCCCAGUUCCGGCCUGGUUGUACCCAGCUUCUGUGACGAACAGUCACAGAUCACACGACUAACUGCCCGUUUCUCUGCCAGCAUGUCCCCUGGGGGACAGAGAGACUGUUGUGACCACCCCCUCUCCCCACCCCUCCCCCGCUGCUCCCGGCCAGGAGUGUGGGAGCUGGUUGCCUUGGGAACCUUGCCUCUGCUCCCCCUGGAUCCUAGGGUGCUUCGCCUUGGGCCUAGGAUCUGCCUUUCCUGGGCUGAGAGUCCCUGCAGCCUCUCCUGGAUGCCAAGCCCUGGCCCUGGAUCCCAGCUGACGGUGCCUCUGGAGGGGCCAGGACACCUCAGGGUGGCCCGGCAUCCUCUGGCCUCCCCUCGCUGUGUCCCCCAUGGUGGCCCUGAUGCUGCCUGUCCAGGGGCUCUGAGGACAGCAGCGGUGAGAUGGAAACUGGGAUUUGGUUGCUUUGGAAUGCUGGGCGUCUUAAAGAAUUAAAGCUAUUUUGAGUAAUAAGUUCACUUAUCUGAAGACCAAGGCAAAACAACCCUGGGUUUGCUGUGAGCAGCCUUGCUCAGGCUCUUAGAUACUCCACAGGGUCACUACUCACUUCCCCUGGAGGAGGCAGGGGUGGAGCUCCAGCAUACUUGCUAGCUUUGCUUCUUGGUGCUCUUCCAUAAAAGUUGGGGGUCAGACUACCUAGUUUUUCUCUAUACUAACUUCAGAGGCCUCCCUCCCCAGGCUAAGUGCCACUGUUUGUAUUUUUAAUUAAUAGCUUCGUUGACGUGCAAUCUACAUACAGUGACCAUACAGUUCACUUGUUUAAAGUUCAUGGUUCUGUGAUUUUUAGUACAUGCAGAGUUGUGCACCACAGUCAACUGUGGAACACUCCAUCACUCUAAAAGAAAGCCCCAUCCUGUUAGCAGUCACCCCAGCCCGACUACCGCUAACUCUUUGUCGAUCUGCCUGUUCUGGACUUUUCCCACCAGUGGAAUCACACCCUGUGUGUCCUGUGUCUGCUGCCUUCCUGAGCAUCAUGUUCUCAGGGUCUGUCCAUGUGGUAGCCGUGUGAGGGCUUCUCUCCUUUUCCUGGCUGAGGGGCGCUCCCAUGUGUGGAGGGACACUGUUUCUUUUUCAGCUGAUGGACCCAGGUUGUUUCCAUUAUGAGUAGUGUUGCUGUGAGCAUCCAGGUACACAUUGCUGUGGUUGUAUUUAUUUUUCUGGGUGUGGUGUGUAUGUUGGAGUAGAAUUGGUCUUGCAGAAGCUCUGGUCACCCUUUGGAGAAGCUGUCAGACUGUCUUCCCUGUGGCUGCCCCGUUUCUCAUUCCUGAGCCCCAUGGAGCGGUCCCACUGUCUCCACCUCCUUGUCAGCACUGGUUCUUAUGGCCUGGGGGAUGGGGAGGGGGUACAGGGCGGCCAGUGGUGGCGCUGUGGUUCCGGUUCCCUUGCCAGGUGCUGUGGUGGUGAGCACGGGGCUUGCCAGCUACCUGUGGGUUACCUCAGAUACGUGUCUGUGCACAGGUUCUUUGCCUCUUGUUUAACUGGGUUAUUUGUCUUCCAUUCCUGAGUUUUAGGGGUUCUUGAUAUAUCCUAGGCACAAAUUACAAAACAGUUUCCCCAUGUUUUAUAUUUCUUAGGUGUCCCAUGUAGUGUUUUUCUUUUUUGACUGCCUUGGGUCGUAAUUGCGGCAUGUGGGAGAUCUUAGUUCCCCAACAAGGGAUCAAACCACUGCCUGCUGCGCUGGCAGGUGGAUUCUCAACCACUGGACCCCAGGGACGUCCAUUCCCCUGUAGUCUUUAUUUGUGGGUCUCAAAUUCUGGGUUUAUUCCUGGGCAUUGUGUGACCUGGGGUGGUCACUUUCCCACAGACAGAUGGUGUUCUUGACACUGUUUAUUGAGGAAUAGUGCUGCCCUGAGUUUCCACUCUCUUGUAGUGAACGCAUAGACCCACAUGAGUCUGUGUUGAGAUCCUCUUUUCAUUGAUAAAUUUAGGUGUUGUUUUUUUUUAAAUACUGUGUUGGUUUCUGCCAUACAUCAACAUGAAUCAGCCGUAUGCCCCCUCCCUCUUGAACAUCCCUUCCCAAAACUUAGGCUUUAAAAUCAUAAUUUUACAGUACAUCUUAACAGGCAAACAUGUCUCCCCUUUCUCCAAAACAGACAUACGUUGUUUUUUCAAAACUGUCUCAGCCAGAAUAAGCCAGAUGUAGAUGGACAAAUUCUAUCUGAUUCCAUUUACCUGGGGUCUCUAAGCGGUCAGGUCCACAGAGACAGAAGUAAAAGGUGCUGGGGGCCCAGGGACUGGGAAGAGAGAGAGAAUUGGUGUUUCCUGGGGACCAGAGUUUCAGUUUGGGAAGAUGAGAAAGUUCUGGAGAUGAUGGUGGGGAUGGUUGCACAACCAUGUCAAUGUGCUAUGCUUGUGAACUAUGCAGGUUAACAUGGCGGAAACAGUAAACAUGUGGUUUACAGUC